CAAAUUAAAGAUAACGACAGUCCCCUUUUCUCUUUCGCUCAUAUUCCAAUUCCAAACCAACUGCAACUGCAUUGGAAUCAUCUACGAACUUGGACCAUUUGCCUUCAAUUCAAGCCCUUUGUGACGCCACAAAGCAAGAUUGAAUGUGGGAAUUCUGGAGAAGACACAAACGAAAGUUGUAUGUUUCUGUUGGGGUUUGCGGAGGUGGGUACAUAUUAUACAAGUUUUAUGAUGCUUACAACAAGAGAAUUUCUCAGCUGGAGAGGCAACUUGCUGAGGAGCAAGAGAACGAUGAGCGUCUCAAGGCCCAGAUGCAAAUGCACUUUGAGAACAUCCAAAGAAUAGCCAACACCAUGACCUUGCCUCACACCAUGCUUUAUUUGAGCAGCCGAGUCGCAGAAGAGUUGGAUCUUUUGCAUCUUACAGAUAAGUUGAUCAGAGGGAAGGGUGGUCAAUCCAACACUUUGACUCCUUCUGAAAAGCUUGAGCUAUGGGACAGGCUUAAAAUAUUAAGUUUCACAAGGUUGGUGUUGUCGAUCUGGGCAAUGACGGCUGUUAGCCUAUAUAUUAGAAUCCAAGUCAACAUUUUAGGGAGACAUCUGUAUAUAGACACUGCACGCGAUCUUGGCGGUUUUCAACCGGAGGAUGCCGAUCUGAUUGACCAAACCGACGAGCAACAGUUUUUGGCAAGUGCUGAUUUUCUUUCAAGUCAGAGAAUGCCGAUACUGGUAUCCAAUAUGCAAGCUGCCGCAACUCAAGUUCUCAGAGGAAAGCAGUUGAGGGAUAUCUUCAACGCUAGUGUACUUGAUGAAACAAUUAUGCAGAUAUUGAACAUGUUCAUGAGCAUGGGAAGCCCUCAUCAUUGGGUCGAUUAUUUGAUGCCAGAGGAUAUCAGAUUCCACAGAUCACCUGAAUCCUCUGCUACGGACAUCACUAAAUUAGAUCAACUAAUGCUGGAGACGCGCUCAGUUUUAUCAAGUUCUGAAUUUGGGAAUAUUCUGGAGAUGUCACUAAGAAAAGUGGUGGAGGGGGUGAUGGAAGACAUGAAGGGAAAUGGAAAUCUACCACUAGCCAAACUUCUUCCACGGGUUGCACAAAUUAGUCCGUUGCUGCUGGAGGAACCAAGCCGAAACAGGUUUACUCAAAUCAUUCAAAACAUACCCCAAGUCGAAGUUUUCUUCACUCUUCUCUACACAAACAUGUCAACUUCAUAAGUCAGUAUUGUUACGGUGGCUUCCGAAUAUUAGACAGACAGACGACCGCACUUCUAGUUUGUCCUUGCUUGUACUUUUCCCUUCACCUGGGCGUGUAAUAAGUAUAAGUUGAAGCAUAAGCUUUCACAUCAUCUUACUUCCAAACAUUAAUUCUUAAGCGAAUGUUUUGUAUUGUUUUUUUGCUUUUCUGUUUAAUAUUUGUGUAGAUCAUAUAAAAAAUGAUGAUUUUAAGGCCACAGAUGUAGUAGUAGUAGUAUUUUUGGGGAACUUUAUAAUCGAAUAGCUUUUAUGUGUUU